AUGAAUCGCUCUCAUGUCCUUUCUCAAUAUGACUACGAUAUCCUGAACACAUCCUACCCUUGGUGGAUGUGGAACGUAACUGAUGAUUUUGGUUACAAUGGAACCAAAUUCGGCGAAGGACCUCGGUUUGGCGAUGAAGAUUAUGAAGAUGAACCCUAUAUAUUUGACAGAACAGAUGUUAGGGUGAUUUUCAUUACUUUGUACAUGCUGGUAUUCUGCUGCUGCUUUUUCGGAAACUUGAUGGUGAUUUUGGUGGUUACUCUAUCAAGACGUUUACGUUCGAUCACGAAUUUUUUCCUGGCAAAUUUGGCAGUGGCAGAUUUGUGCGUUGGAAUAUUUUGUGUUCUGCAAAAUCUAUCUAUUUAUCUCAUACCAAGCUGGGUGCUUGGAGAUUUCCUGUGCAAGAUGUACCAGUUCGUGCAUUCCCUGAGUUACACGGCUUCGAUUUUUAUCCUGGUCGUAAUUUGUACGGAAAGAUAUUUUGCCAUCAUACAUCCUAUCACUUGCAAGCAAAUACUGACGCCGACGAGACUCAGGCUGGUGAUCGUCGCGGUGUGGAUAACGUCGGCCGCCUACAGUUCCCCCAAGUUCAUCUGGGUGCAGACUAUAACUAAUGUCCUUCCCGACGGACGGAGCGAAACGAUAUGCAUUCAGCACAGGAAAAGGUACAACGCAGAGUUGUUCGAUGUUGUCAACUUUGCUCUGCUCUAUGUCACCCCCUUGUGUGUCAUGACGGUGCUCUACACUCGUAUAGCGGUCGGUCUCUGGCGCAGCUCCCGCGGCCUGCAGCGGCCAGCGGCCUACGGUACUCAGCCGACCGCCGCGGCCUACACGAUGUCCGCCUCUUCGCAAAAUGUUCUCCGUGCCAGACGAGGUGUCAUCCGAAUGCUGAUUGCUGUUGUUUUAGCAUUCGCCCUGUGCAAUCUUCCUCUGCAUGCUCGCAAAAUGUGGCAGCAUUGGUCCGCAGAUUAUAAAGGAGACAGCGAUUUUAGUACUCUGUUCACGCCACUCACGUUCUUGGUGUCGUAUUUCAACAGCGGGGUCAAUCCAUUGUUGUACGCGUUUCUGUCGAGAAAUUUUAGAAAAGGUAUGCGAGAAGUGUUAUUCUGUUCGUGUGGAACAUCUAGAAACAGAAACAAAAACGGAUGUGGCACCUCGUCCCAGCGUCUCCUGCACGCGCACCGCGCGCUGUCCAGGCGGGCAACCCCGCAGACCAGCUCGUUCGCCCUGCGCUCCUGCACGACCAAACAUCCGAACUGCACCUCCCUUACAAACAUCGACGACGGCUGCGACAGCUGAGACGAGGUCCCGCCUGAGGAAAGUUGCGUUU